CUCGAAGCUGCUCCUAGUCUCCUACAGAACAGAACUGUGCUCAGGGAAGAUUGAGGUAGAGUCAUAAGAUGCAUAAGGAUAAGAUUUUCAAGCUGGCCAAGGGCUUCAGGGGAAGGGCCAAGAACUGCAUUAGGAUAGCCAGGGAGAGGGUGGAGAAGGCCUUGCAGUAUUCCUACAGAGAUCGCCGCACCAAGAAGAGAGACAUGCGUGCACUGUGGAUCCAACGGAUCAAUGCUGGCACCCGCAUUCAUGGUGUUAAUUACGGGAAUUUCAUGCACGGAUUGAUGAAGGAGAACAUUCAGCUAAACAGAAAAGUUUUAUCAGAGAUUUCUAUGCACGAACCAUACACUUUCAAGGCCCUUGUAGAUGUCUCCCGCAGUGUAUUCCCUGGGAACAAGGCGGUAGUUCCUCCCGAAAAGGAAGGCCUCCAACUUCUUCUGUAAUUGUCCAUUUAGAUGGAUCACCUGCGCUUGAUCUCUUAGAACUUGUUUGAAAUAAAUGAUUUUUGGUUUCUUUUCGUUGCCCCUUGUAUAAUAAUUCUUACUCAUUGAUGCA